CUGGCUUCGGGGACGGGACGGGGACUGGCCAACCUGUACCUGCCCACCGUGUUUCAAGGCUAGGCACUCCCCGUGUGGGUGACGUGGGGGCGGGGCGUGGGGCCGGAGUUGUGCCCAUUUUGGGGCCGACCUUGCUGGUAGCGAGAAAAUGUGACAGGAUGAUGGGGGACGGCAUGCGGAAGGAGCAAAAUAAUGCAUGAUCAACUGUGGAGGUCCUGAGGUAACUGAAACCCAGGAGAAUUAAUGUGCCACAGCUGUCUAACAAGAAACAAGAAGCAUGGGAAUGCUACCUAACGACACUAAUAUAGAUGUGCAUGUAUGCAUCUCAAGAAAGAUUGUGGACCCUCAUAAAUAAUACGAGGGUCAGCUGGCGCCCCCGAGACCCUCUGGGAGCAAUGAGAAAUUGGAGUUGCAGAAAAGCCCGACUUGUUAAUUUAAAUUAAAGACAGAAUGAUAAAAUUAAAAACCAAUUAUUGAUAUUGCUCUCUGGGGCUCUCCUCAAUACUUCUGAUUUUCUGUUUACAUAAAAAACCUGAGAACAGGGAUUGCAUAGCGGAUUGACUACAGACUGAUCAUCAUAAACUUGUGAACAAUUGUUUUUCAAACAAGGUGUCACCUCCAACAUAAGUUGAGUGCGGGUACAGAAAUAGUGCGGACGGAAUACACCGGAUCGAAUAUCAAUUGAGACAGCCGGUCUUAAGGGGUCCAUCUGAGGUUGGCAAAAUCGUAUGUGCAUUGUUUAAUUGAUAUUGUUAUCUGCAAUCAAAAAAAAAAAAAAUGGGGGAAAGGAACUAUGCUAGUCCAAUGGUGACCACACCCAUCGAGGUAGUGCGGAGAAACUACCCGCUCAUUAAGGGGGUUAAAAAAAAAAUAUCCAAAAAAUGGAAUAAAAGAUGGCCUGACAUCGAGAGGCCUUGGCCGGUGGAAGGGACUUUUAACAGGGAAGUAGUUGAGACUAUACGUGUACUAGUAUCAGCAUACAAGGCAGGACAUAAAAAAGGAAAAAGAGGAGAAAAGAGGAAGGAAAAAAGAGAAUGGGAAUUGGGAUUGUUAAAAAUAUUUGACGAAGAGGGACUCAAAUUGAACCGAGAGUUCCAACAGAGAAAAGAGAAAAUUAAAGCUGAAGUGCAGGAAAAUAUGGAAGAAGCUAAGAACCUAAUGGAAAAAGCAAACAUGCCUUUUUCACAUGUGUCCCCUGUUAAGAAUCCCCCACCGUAUGAUGUGAGUGAAGACCGUGGAAAUGUAUAUUCACAACUUCCGAUAAUCAACCAGGAAGGACGUUAUCAGCUGGAGACGGAGGAUAAGGACAUUGUCGAAACAGGAAGAGCAAAGACCACCAUCAUCAUGCACCCUAGCCCUGCCCGCAAAAGAAAUAAAACACGAUUUGCAAAGCAUGGCACUUUUGACUACACCAGAAAGGAGACUGAAUUGACGAGGCAAAUAUUGCUGGAUUUGCCCAAAAUUGACUAUGACAUACAGUUGUGGGCAAUAGACUGGCUUAAGAGUACCGGUAAGUAUUUACCCAAAGAGAUUAUGGACCUAUUAGAGGGAAUAGCCUCUUGCAAAUUGACUAGGUUGAAUGAUAGAAAAUCAGACGCGCUGAGUUCCCUUUAUCCAACAACAUUGGGUCCUUCACAACAACUGGCAUUUGAAUUGCUAUCUGAGGUACACCCAAUGACUUAUUUGGUUAAUUGUAUGGAUGCUUGGGUGACUGUCACAGGACAGGACCCCAAUAGUCAUCCAUUGAAUCAGGCUUUGUUCAGGCAAGCAGUGCUGGGGGGUUGUCCGUCUGAUGUGCAGAAAAUGAUGACUAACUCUCCCACUCUCCCCACUUCAGAUGACGUGAAUUGGCGAACUCAUUUCCUAUAUUAUGUGCAACAAUCUCGAAUGAGAGCCGAGGAAGAGACUGAGAAAACAUCCAAGCUACAAAACGACUUUUUGAAUUCACAAAUACAAGAGGCUAAGAGAGCCUCCAGUAAUGCAUGCAAAAAAGAGAAACUUGGGAGAUCUAAUCAAAUGUCAAUCAGUGUCUUUCAACAGGCUCCACCACGGCUGAUCACACCCACACCGCAGCUCCAAGCCACACCUCAACAUUACGGCCUGCCCACAAGGCAGGGCCGAGACGCAUGGCUGGGGGGAGGUCUGAGACGGGAAGGUGGGCGUGGACGAGGAAGUCACGGGAGCCAAGCUGGCUGUUUCAUUUGUGGUGAUGUGAAUCAUUGGACAAGGAAAUGCCCGCGCCGCCGGCACCCACCUGUUCAUCAAUCAGGCUAUGAUCAACAAGCUCUGACUCCUCCUCCGCAAAACCAACAACAAUGACAGGAUACGGCACCCCCACAUGGACAAUACCCAUCUGCUCCAUGGGUACCUGAAUCCCCAACAAUAGGGAUCACUGCUGGCCUCACUGAAAGACUGUCAUGAACUUGGACAUGCUGGACCACACUUGCUCCCAAUGCCUGCUGAUACAAGGCUGACUGUUGCUAAAGUCAGCCGAUGACCCACCACUGAACUCUGUCUUCCAACAUAUCGGCUUUGGUCUCCUUAGACUUCCUCCAUAUGACCUUACCAUCCGCUGAUCGGUCCUUCCCACUGCACAAUGCUUUUGACAAACUAGAGAUUGAAAUUUAUCGCAUGGCCUGGUUGGGUGAAACACAAGGCAAUUUAUUUAAUGUUCCCUCCUCCUCAAUUAUUGUAGGGCCUGAAGGGUGUGGCAGCCAGAGUGGACCUGUCAGAGGAUCUCAUCUCAUUGACUGGUAUCUAGGCCUGACAUGGCCGCGCCGCUCAUACUUUUUUGCCGUCUACUCAAAUAUCCAAAAAUUCUCAUU